UGGAAAGAGAGCUUGAGAGAUCGAGAGCUAUGGAGGCCGGCAAGAAAACCAGGGGCCGACAGAAAAUUCCGAUGCGCCGGAUCGAGAAAGACGGCGAUCGAUUCGCGACGUUCUCGAAGCGGCGCAAAGGUUUCUACAAGAAAGCGACUGAGCUUUGCUGGCUGUCCGGUUGCGACAUCGGGAUAGUUCUGACUUCUCCGACGGGGAAGAUGUUCUCGUUCUUCAAUCCGUCGCCGGAGUCGAUCAUCCGGCGAGUGUUCGGCCGGGGGAUAAACCUUGACGGCGGCGAACUCUCUCAGGCCGUCGACGAGCACUCUCGGCGACGAGUCAACGAGCUCUACGAGAUGAUCGACGGCGUGGAGGCUCGGAGGGAGGUUUUGAAUCAGAAAUCGAAGGCGCUGGAUCAGAGCAUUUCGUCGAACACCUGGUGGGAGACUCCUGUCGCUGACUUCUCCUUGGAAGACGUUGAGAGGUGCCAAGCUUUCCUGGAAGAGCUGCAGACUAAGGCGAGUAUCUGCUUUGAUGCACUUAAUAAUGGCGGCGGUGGAUCUUCAAUCUCCAUAGCCUCUCAACCACAAAAUGCUGCAUUGCUCUCUCCAUAUCCCUUGCUUCCUUCAAACGCAGGAAAUGUCGUCUGA